AUGGAGCACGCGUCGAUUCUACCCCGAAAUCUGGUCUCAAUCCUCGUGCCAAUGACCCCGCUUAAGAAAGCACCGAUCCCUCUGGUCCCUCCUUUCAAGGUGUCUGGUCGGCAUAAGCGCAGCCCGAACCCCUCGUCAGGUGCCACAUCACGCACGGUUACACCUGGUGGCACACCCCCAAAGGCCUCAGGGAACGCUACCGAGGCUCUCAAGGACGUUUCAAAACAUGGUGGGGAUGUUGCUAAGAGCAGCGCGGACGAGCCGAAGAAUGAUAUCGCUCCCGUCACCAGCAGUUCAAUUGCUAAUAAGAACAGCGAAGACCAUGGUGGUGAGCAGAAGAAGCGGACCUUCGGGCCCGGCAAGAACUUCUCCUCGUCUAAAAAGCCAAAGGUUCAAGGCGAGAACUCUUCUCAAGCCCCAUCUGGGCCUACCUCCGCGCUGCCCCCCACCGCGACCUGGGCCAGUAAGCAUCGGUCUGGAAUCUCGGGCUCUAAGGAGAAUGGCGAACAGAAGUGA